AUGGCGGGAUUUUUAUAUUUCUUCCUCUGCUGGUUUGUUGGAUGGCUGGCUGGCUGGCUGGUCACCCUCGUUUGUUUCCAUUUGUUUUCAAUUAGACAUAGAUGGACUGACAAAAAAGCAAACAUUGAGGCAAAAAAGAACAAACAUAAUCUGAGUGGCGAUGUAGUGAAGUGGUUAAGAUGCCUGGCUCUGCUGUUGCAGCAGCCGGUUUCAAAUACCAGCCAUUUCUGCCUGAUAGACAUACUCACAAGUGUACAGUUAGUUGCACAGCGCAACAGUGUUGUGGCCAGCGUGUUAAAGAUACACGUGUGCACGUGCAUGUCAACAAAGUUUAACCUUCAGAACGCCAACGCCAUGGCCUCACAGACAUGGGCUUGCAGUUUGAAUAGAUUUAAACAUACAUUUGUCUCAUGUAGUGUCUCAUUCUUCAAAAUGUUUCUAUCCAGGACUCAUGAGCAAGUGCAAGGAGCUGAUGAUGAGUGUGUUGGUGUGGAAUGGGUGAAGGUGUGUGGAGUGGAGUGGAGGUGUGUGUGGAGUAGAGUGGAAGUGUGUGUGGGGUGGAGUGGAGGUGUGUGUGAAGUAGAGUGGAGGUGUGUGUGGGGUGAAGUGGAGACCACACCACACCACUUCAGACCACACUACACCACUUCAGACCACACCACACCACUUCAGACCACACCACACCACUUCAGACCACACCACAUCAGAACCCAAUCAAAAGUGGGGAUUUCGUUAGAUUCGAACCUGGACACUGCGUCAACAAUGCCAGGCACCUUAACCAUUUCCCCAUCGCGCCGUUUCAAUGAGUUGCACGUUCCCACACAUCCGUUGCAGCAGCAGUUGCAGCAACCAAGUUUUUCUCGUCAGCAACAGCAGCAACGACAUCAAGUUACGACGUACGUCACUAGACCACCAACUCUACCGCAAAAAUUUGUCUUUGAUGAGAAGUUCAAAAGGUUCUACAUGGUUUCAACAAAUGGUUUGUUUGCCUUGGACUCAAAUCUAAGAAUUGUGAAACAGAUCCCAACAAAUAAACUAACAUGCACAAACCUCAACAACAACAACAACAACAACCACAACAACAAAAUGAACACUGACGACGACGAUCACAUGGAGGGUGUGGACGACCACCACGAAAAGAUAUUGCUCAUCAGUCGGCAAACGAACGAGUUAAUUAUGUGUUGUCCAAUUAAUCAGCAACUCAUCUGUGAGGCUUGGUCACUUCCUAAUAUAUCAAGACAACAACAACAACAACAGCAGCAGAUGCAACAACAGGUGCUACAACAACAACAACAAACGCAGCAGCAGAAACAGCAGCAACAACAAUACAACAUCGCCUUCAUAGGGCCAGGCAUGCACGAACACACGAACGUCUUGCACACAGCGGGUUUCUACAAAACGUCCAAGAGAUUACUGGCCCCAACGUUCAGCAGUCUGAGUCUGUCCAACAACAACAGCCACGCAUCGAAGUUUUCCCUCUCCUACUCAGAUCCGGUUGGCGGUUAUUCGAAAAUUAAAUACAAGGAUGGACAUUAUCCAAGUGACGUCAUGAGUCACGUGACUGGUUUCUACCACGAUAGUUAUGUAUAUUACGUUAUGAAUUUGCCAUCAUCCUCAUCGUUACUGCCGACGUCAUCUCAAAAUUCUUUAAAAAAUAUCAGCUCAUUUGGUGCUUCAGUAACUCAAAUCGAUGCAUCCGUUCCUGUCUCUUCACCAUCAUCAUCGUCAUCAUCACUGACGUCAUCAUCGUCGUCGUCAGCACACACAACGUCUUCAACAUCGUCAACAAUAUCGUCAUCAAAAAUCGUUCAGAUAUGCCUGCGCAAGGGUCACUUCAACUCCCUAGUGGAGAUUCCGCUGACCUGUGCUGCAAAGAAUGUCCAUGAUGGUAAUGAACUUAGUGGUGGUGGUGGUGGUGGUGGUGCAACUGCAUCAAAUGCUGUCGUCAACAACGUCAAUUACAACAAAAUUAUUUCAGCUUUGCUAAUAAAACCAAAACAAAAAUUAGCUCAAAGUUUUGGCAUUUCUGAGAAAGAUGCCAUCCUCAUCGCUUCGUUUCAAGGAGUCAGUAACAACAAAGUCAACAACUUCAACACAAACAACAACAACAACAACAAAAACGACAACAAAAACGACAACAACGUCAGCAGCAACUUGGAAGGUAGCAGCCAAGCAAAGAACAAUUUGUUUUCAGCUCUAUGUUAUUAUCUGUUAUCUGAUGUGAGGAGGAAGGUGGUCGAGAAUGUGAACAACUGCUUGAGUGGCGCGCAAAAAAAUCAAGGCAUCUACACUGGCAACAGGAAGUGCAAAACAUCCGUGAGUCAGGCCAUUUGUUUUUUCUGUUGUUUUUUUUUUUUAUAA